AUGAAGGUGGUGGUGGAUAUUGUAGCACAGAAAAUGCCAUCUGAAAACGAUGUUCACAUAGCGAGGAACUAUCUUAUGAAGAUCUUGAGAAGUUCCAUGAGGAGAAAUGACCUAGCCUGCAGGCCUCACUCCUGGCACGCAACCAAAUUUACAGAAAGUCAACCCGAGACAGCCACGUCACACCUUUCCUCCUCCAAUGCCUGCGCUUCCUGGCACUCGCGCUACCAUGCAAGUUGUUCUUCUCAUGACCUGUCAAACUCAUGGGAUCAGUCAAGUCUACAUCGCACUUCUGACCAGUUCAGCAGUUUGGGAAGUAUGGACAGCUGGGACCACACUCCACAAGUAGCCCAGUAUGGAAGACUUUCAUCCGCAAGGUCUAAUAGUAGCAUUGAUCAUCUAGGGAGCCAAAGUAAGCGGGAUUCAGCCUACGGGUCUUUCUCCACAAGUUCUAGCACCCCUGACCACACUCUAUCCAAUGCAGACACUUCUUCGACAGAGAACAUGCUGUACAAAGUAGGCCACUGGGAGACUUCUAAGCAUGGAAACAAGUCAGGCCAGUUCUUGAAUGACAGCAGUGGAAUAGAGGACAAACCUGGGUAUUUGCCAGCUCCCAUCCAAUACGAAAACAGUAGAAGUCCUAGAAUAGAGGAACACUCCGAUGCCAAGCUCACCAGCUCUGGAAGAUCCAGUUUUGGACCCGUGUGGUAUGUUCCUGAUAAGAAGAAGUCUUCAUCUCCUCCCCCCCCGCCUCCACCACUUCGUAGCGACAGCUUUGCUGCUACAAAAGGCCAUGAGAAAGCCCAUGGCCCUGUGUACUCAGAGGGUGCCAGCACGCAGCACUUUACAGCCCUGAAUCGGUCUCAGCCCAGGAGUGACUGGAACUUGGAAACUGUGGAGCAGCAGCGGCGGCCCUCCAGGGCAUGUGACAGGAGGGUUAGCAGCUCAAAUUAUAAAUCUGAUCCCAGUUCAGAACACGCUUUUUCUUCAACUGGUGAAAGGUACAACAGUAAUGCAGGAACUGUGAACAAACUGCAGUCGUCCCUGUCCAGCACUGAUGUUCGGUUUGCGCAGCCUUCUUACAGUUACCACCACCAGCACCAGUACAGUGAUGAAAGCACUUUUUUUCACAAUGCAAGAGUCUUAUCUGCGCCUAAAGAUCAGCAACAUUAUCUGUCCUAUAGCAGCAUUCAGGAGUUACCUACAGAUCAUUUUCAUGGCUACAGUCCAAGCCAAGCCAGUCUCCUCAACACUUCCUCUUCUUUGAACAGUGCUGCUGAACAGAAGAUGGACAACACUGGACAGAGUCGCUAUUACUGUGUAACAGUAAAACAGCCUGCUCAGGGAAGCUCAAAGCAACAACAACUCAAGGAUGACAGCUGGAAACCUGGAGUGGGGACUGAUCCAUCUCUCGGAUCUCAAGAAAAUCUUACAGUUGUCACAAUGGUCCAAAAACCAAAAUACUAUCUACCUCAACAAUCUGUUGUAUCUUCACUGAAAGGGUGUGAGAACAGCAGUCAUCAUCCAUUGGACAGAGAGGGGGAUGCUAGGUGUGCUGUAGCAGAAGAAGCUAGAAAACCCAAUCACACUGAAAAGUCUGGACAAAAGAAGAACUUUGAGAGCAGCUCUGAGGAAAGUGAAACCAGGUAUGGUCAACAGGAAUGUGUAAAGGGCUGUAUCCUUACCACUGAAAACAGAUCUGCUCAGAAAGAUUUUAGGUGGGGGAAAGAUGAGAGUAGCAAGAUUUCUCCUCAGAAGACCCCGAUGUUGCACUCUUUAGCUCAGGAAGGGAAAAAGCAGUCUAACAACAGCUCAGAAGUGGUAAUAGAGCGACAGGCCCCAUUUGACUCUCACUUGUCUAAACAGGCACGAAGAAGUGAUCGUUUUGCAACAACCCUGAGAAAUGAGAUCCAAAUGAGAAGAGCAAAGCUGCAGAAAAGUCGAAGCACUGCUACGUUAGUAGGGUCAUCUGAAACAGAGGAGUGCAACGAGACCUGGAAGCCAGAUUCAGCAGAAAAUGUCACUGCCUCCCCAGACACUAACUUCACCACCACCUACAAAGAUCACCUCAAGGAGGCCCAGGCCAGGGUUCUGAGGGCAACGUCCUUCAAACGGCGGGACUUGGAGCCCAGCCCCGCUGAAUAUCUCCCUAGGUCACCCGAGCGGAAAACUGGUAGUUAUAAUUCUUCGUUAUUGGCUUUGGUUUCUGAAGAUGUGCCUGGAUUCCUUGAGGCUACACAAGCUAAACCGAACCCCACGGGGAGUGGCACUCAUCACGUUUCUCGCAUCGGAGCCAGGAAGAGGUUCACAACAGAGCAAAAAAUGAAGUCUUACUCUGAACCAGAGAAGAUGAAUGAGGUGGGGAUGACAGAGGAUGAGUGUCGGGCUCAUUGCUGUCCAAAUCCAUCUGAAGAAGCCCUAGGCUCGUUUGCAGACAGGUGGAAAUUUUUUGAAGAAACAAGUAAGCCUGCACUAAGGAGACCACCACAGAAACCAGCUCCCUAUAGUCUAGCUGAGGGACAGCCUGAGAGGCCAGAUAGGAAAGUUCACAGUGGACAGGAGGGAGAGGACUCAUGGUAUGAGAGAAGAGGUCGGGCAGCCUCUCUUGGACUAGAAACUGCACAUGCUUCAAAAGAUAACGUCCACCAUCGUAGCAGCAGUAAGGCUGCUGAUAGGAUUGUGAAAUCUGAGCAGCCGCAGCGCCUGGGAACCUUUGCAGAGUAUCAGGCGUCAUGGAAGGAGCAGCGGAAGCCGAUAGAGCCGCGGAACUCAGGGAGGUACCAUUCAGCUGAUAAUAUCCUUGAUGCAGGCCAUGAACAACAUGAGAAACCACAGUACACCCAUGAGAGGUCUAGAUCAUCCCCUUCUACUGAUUUCUACAAACAGGAAGUCUCAGUUGAAGUAAGGAGGCAAGCAGAGGAUUUAAAGGAGGAUGGGGAGCGUGUUUUCUCUAAAGUUAACAAUCUGGAUGAAAGGAACUGCACUGUAAGGCAAGCUGACACAGGGGCCUUGAGGGAAAACCCAAGGGAGAAGAGGGAUCAGCUGGACCAGAAUUUAGGUGUCAAGUGGAAAGCAUCUGUCAGACCUUUGCAUGCGCAAGAGCCUGCGGUUCUGCCUCACGAGAGUCGGGGGAGGUCUGGGACGUUGCCUAGUGAUUACCGAUACCCUCAGGAAAACGUGAACGAGAAGAGCAAAGAUCAUAGCCUGCCUCAUCUCCCCUGUGCCGAGCCACAGACCUUGCACGAGAACCACUCCUCUCUGUCCCGGGGCAAAGGAGACGAAAACCAUAGGGUAGAGCCAGUGCUGCUGAACAAGAAGCGUGGACCUGCUCCUCAGAGGCCACCACCACCUAAAAGAGAUAAAUACAGGCGACCAGAUAAUCCUGCUCCGUCACUCAGCACAUCUUCUGAAUCUCUGCUGGUAGCACCCAGCCGGCCCUUUCCAUCCUCGUCCCCCAGCUCCGCCGAAGUAUUUGCCAGUCACUCCUCUCUCUGUCAGAGUCCUGCGACUUUCAAUGGAAAAUUGAAGAGUGCUAAUCCACAGCAGCUCCCGCAAGCGUCAUCCACAGAGAAUGUUUGUCAGCACUUAGAAGAAAAAACGCACCUUAAGUCCGAGUCUGUUUUAUCUUCGAAGUAUCGGUAUCUUCAAAAACCUGGCAUGGAGACAUCAAGGUCCCCUUCUCCUCAGUUUGCACCACAGAAGCUCACUGAUAAACCUCCUGUGUCCGUACAGGAUGAGAACCCAGCCAGAAUUGAAAGGGUUAUAGACAACAAUACUACAGUGAAAAUGGUUCCUAUCAAGAUAGUUCAUUCUGAGAGCAACGCAGAGAAGGAAAGUCGGCAAAGUCUUGUCAGUACUAUGGAGCCUCCUGCUUUACCUAGUGGUUUGGAAAAGGACCAAAUUAAAACACUUAGCACUUCUGAGCAAUCCUAUUCACGAUUCUGUGCUUACACCAGGCAAGGUGUAGAGCCGGAGCCAGAAGCCAGAACCAAACCAGCUGACCCUCAACCAGCUGAAGAACCUGGGAGCAACUUGAAGGACAGCAGUGCUGCCACACCAGCAGUCAGCUAUGUAAAGGCCAAAGAGAAGACCUUUGAAGACUGGAAGUCAGAGGAGCUAGCCAGAGAGAUUGUGGGAAGAGAUAAAUCUCUUGCAGACAUACUAGAUCCUAAUGUGAAAAUAAAAACAACAAUGGAUCUGAUGAUUGGUAUAUUCCCUAAAGAUGAACACCUCCUAGAAGAAGCUCAACAGCGCAGGAAACUCCUGCCGAAAGUUCCUUCUCCAAAAAUUUCAGAGGAGAAGAAAGAGGAGCAGAGCGCACCGUCUGCCAUAUCCCUGACAACCAAUUCUACUUACUACAGCACAUCUGCACCAAAGGCAGAGCUGCUGAUUAAAAUGAAGGACAUGCAGGAGCAGCAGCAGCAGAGUGAGGAAGAUUCUGAGGAGGAGCUGGAUCAUGACUUAUCAGAAAAGAAGCAAGAACUUAUUGACAGCAUUAGUAGGAAGCUGCAGGUGCUGAGGGAAGCACGGGAGACACUUCUGGAAGACAUCCAAGCAAACAAUAUACUGGGGGAGGAGGUAGAGGCCAUUGUGAAAGAAGUCUGCAAACCAAAUGAGUUCGACAAAUUCAAGAUGUUUAUCGGCGACCUUGACAAAGUGGUCAACCUCCUGCUGUCACUGUCAGGUCGUCUGGCCCGGGUAGAAAAUGCCCUCAAUAACCUGGAUGAAAAUACCUCUGCGGAAGAACGGCGGACACUGGUAGAGAAGCAGAAGCUGCUGACCCAGCAACACGAAGAUGCAAAGGAACUGAAGGAGAACCUGGAUCGUCGAGAGCGCAUUGUCUUUGACAUUUUGGCAAACUACUUGAGUGAGGAGAACUUAGCAGACUAUGAGCACUUUGUAAAAAUGAAGUCAGCCCUCAUCAUUGAGCAGCGAGAGCUUGAGGACAAGAUCAAGCUGGGGGAAGAGCAGCUGAAGUGUCUGACUGAUAGCCUCCAACCUGAACGACUCAAAUGAGAGGACUGAGUUUGACCAAGGAUGUGAAAAAUGAGAAGAAGGAAGGGAUGGGGGGGACUUUCAAGGAUACAAAUUAGUAUCUUGGCUUGUCUGAGUGUCCAGUAGAGAAACAAGUACACAAGAGAAUGAUAGCUCUCACAACAGCAAUAAUGCUCUCUUUCAUUUUUUUGGGAUGAUGUAUUUAAUUUUUUAGAACACAUUUUUACUGCUGGACUCUACAGCUGUUUCUCAUCGCUUAACUUACAGAAGGCUCCACAGGAAAGGAUAGACUCUUAACCUUUCUGCUUAGUAAGUUGAAAGUCUGUGGCAGUUGUGCAUGCAAACGAUGUUUUUAGAAUAGGGUGUAUACUUUCUUUAUGUUCAGAUGCUGUACAGACUGCUGGGAAACCCAACAGCAAUUUAUGAAUGCACACAAAUUUAGAAGUUCUAAAUUGAGUGGCUUUUUAUGUUUGUUUUUUAAAGACACAUUGAAUAGGGGAAGCGUGCAUCUUAUAGCUAAUAUAUUCAGAUUGCUGAAAUGUAGUGUCACUCUGAUCCUGUGGCAUCAGAUGCUUUUUUGUACUAUUGUAUAUAGGA